GUAUAACUGUAGUACUAGUGCUGCCACCUUGCGUGAGUUCCCUUUGUUUUUAAUUAACUCUACCGAAUUGGUAAAGAAAUAUCGUUAUCGUAAACUGUUGGCAACACCGUCGCCAUUUUGUAUUGGUGUUUGGAACAUGAAGAUGCUACGUGCCCCGAUAUUUUUCGUGAACUGAAAAGUGAAGCGUCACGUUUGACCCGUACCUGAGAAAAUGACGCAGUUCCUGCCGCCGAAUCUAUUAGCUCUUUUCGCUCCACGGGAUCCUAUACCGUAUUUACCACCCGUUAGCAAGCUCCCGCACGAGAAGAAGAAUGGAGGCUAUAUCGGCGUUGGAGCAUUCCUUAAAUACUUUGAGGAUCCUAAAGACACACCACCACCGGUUCGUGUAGAGACCAGAGAGGAACGGCUAGAACGAAGGAGAAGGGAACGCGCGGAGCAAGUUGCAUAUAAACUCGAACAAGAAAUUGCAGUUUGGGAUCCUGCUGGUAUUCCAAAUGUAACCGCGGAUCCUUUCAAAACACUUUUUGUAGCUCGAAUAAACUAUGAUACAUCGGAAUCGAAACUGAGAAGGGAAUUCGAAGUAUACGGUCCGGUAAAAAAGAUAGUGGUAAUUCACAAUACAAUAAAUGGCAAGCCUAGAGGAUAUGCUUUCAUUGAGUAUGAGCACGAAAGAGAUAUGCACUCGUGGUGGCCGCUGCCGGCAACUAGUGCCGUUCACUAUUCCAUGCAAUCCCUGAACCUGCCUGAUAUGAUAGCUGCUUAUAAGCAUGCGGAUGGUAAGAAAAUAGAUGGUCGCAGAGUGUUGGUCGACGUGGAACGGGCUAGGACCGUGAAGGGAUGGCUUCCGCGGAGGCUCGGCGGUGGCCUCGGCGGUACGCGAAGAGGAGGGCCCGAUGUGAACAUUAAACACUCUGGCCGCGAAGAUAACGAGAGGGAGCGGGAACGGUAUCGUUUGGAACGGGAGAGGGAGACUUCUGGACGCCUCGAUAGAGACAGGGAUCGCGAUCGCUUGGACAGAGAGCGUAGAAGGUCGCGCGACCGGAAAAGAAGGUCGAGGAGCAGGUCGCGUGAUCGGAAGCGUAGGCGAAGCCGCGAUCGCCUACCCGAUCCGGAUAUCGAGGAGAUACAGCGCGACGAGCGGCCGCGCGACAGGAGAGAUCGCGAUCGUGAUCGCGACCGCGAUCGUGAUCGCAAGAGAAGGCGGUCCAGGAGCAAUGAUCGCGACCGCGACAGGGAUCGCAAGAGGGACAAACGCGAUCGCGACCGUGAGCGCAGAGAUAGAAAAGAUCGAGGCGAUCGUCAGGACGAGGACACGAAAGAGAUUCGAAUUAAAGAAGAACCACUGGACGAUUAUCCUGACUAUAGCAAUACCUUCCAAUCGUCCGGGUCUUACUUCACGGCUGUAAAAUACGAGGACGACAACGAGCAAGAAGUCGAAGAGAAAUAUAGGAUCCCGGAAGGUCGUCCAGAUCCCCCUCCCUACAACAAUUACGACUCUGUGCAAGAUUAUUGAUCUCAACAACAUUUCAUAUAACAUUCUGUUUCGUUACCACGCACGAUGAAUUUACCGCUAUUAUUAAUAACGUAUUCUAUUUCCUACUGUUGCUAGUGUAAUACCGAAUCGACCGUAUCGGGUAUCUGGUCGCCUGCGCGAACCGCGGCGAUCAGAUAUUCAAUAAGGAUGUUGCAGGGUGAGAGCAGGUCCAGACAACUGAUUCCCGCGCGGUUAUUUCUACACCGGUUGAGAACUCGGAAACUAGAAAGAAAGAAAGAAAGAAAGAAAGAAAGAAGUAAAGAAAGGACACAUGAAUUUUGUAUAUUUAUGAUAUCGCGGUAUGAAAGUAACGCCCCGGUAAAUCAGAAUAAAUUUAGACGCUUUGCAUAUUAUUAGAGACAUACAUUCGUGGACGAGGAUUGAACUUUCUGGUAGCAGCUUUGCGUGAAUAUCUCGCGACAUGGAACUCGAAUGGUCCGUAAGAAUAAGUUGGUUCACUUUGUUGCCGCUGCUACGCGACUUCAACAAUCUCUGUACGUGUACAUAAGUCUGUGCAAACCGUAUUACACGAAUCCGAUUCUUUCAUGACUGCUCCAUGUAUAUUUAUAUAUACGAAUAAAAUAAACUACACAAUUCAUUUGUUAGCUAUCCCG